AUGUGCAACAUGGAUAUGAAGAUAUUGAGUUACUAUUACACUAAAUCCAUUUUAGUCAAGAGCUUUACCAAAAGUUAGCUUUUAUAGCCUUAAAGGAUGCUGGUCAUAAGAAGAGCAAUAAUAUAUUUCUAAAUUGCAUCACAUUAUUUUUAGGUUCUAAUUAAUGAUAGCAAAGUAUUAUUAACAUGUUUUUCAAGUAUCAAAAAUAAUAGCACAAGUCAUAUCAGGUAGCAUCUGGUAGUGGAGAUAAGUCUAUCCGUUUAUGGGAUGUUAAGACAAGAUAAUAAAAUGCCGAAUUAGAUGGUCAUUCAUCAACAGUGUAUUCAAUUUGUUAUUCUCCUGAUGGUACAACAAUAGCAUCUGGCAGUGAGGAUAGCUCUAUCCGUUAAUGGGAUGUAAAUAUAGGAUAAUAAAUCUUAUCUUCUAAUAAUCGUUAUAAAAACAUAUUAACAAAAUUUUCACCCCCUACUUUUACAAACAAUCUACUCCUAGAAAGUGGUAUUUAUUAUUCAUUAUUCUUUAGUUACUGUUCCUAUCACUAUUCUUCUGAUAUCACAAUAGCUAAUAUUUUAAACUUACAAAGCUCUACUUUUGAAGGGAGAAUUUAUUAAUCAAUCAGGAGACAUUAUUUAAACAAAAAGGAAGUUCCAUUUUAGUAAGCUAAAUUGA